AUGGAGUCAGCGCAGCAAGCGCGGGAACUGGGUUGCUGGGAGGCGGAAGAGAUGGAGGUGCCCGUGGCGGCCCGGGUCCCGGAGUCGACGCUGCGCAGGCUGUGUCUGGGCCAGGGAGCCGACAUCUGGGCCUAUGUUUUGCGGCACGUGCACAGCCAGAGGAACGUCAGGAAGAUCCGGGGAAACCUGCUCUGGUGUGGCAACCAGGACAGUCCAGAGGCCCGCCGGAAGCUGGAGUUGGAAGCCGCUGUUGCCCGCCUGCGGGCAGAGUUCCUGGAGUUAGACCAGAGCCUGGAGCUGAUGGAGCAAGAGACUGAGGCUCAGGAUAUAGCCAUGGAGCAGAACCUACAGAGCAUGCAAGACACCCAGCGCCGUGCUCUCCUCCUCCGGGCUCAAGCUGGGGCCAUGCGAAGACAGCAGCGUGGGCUCCAGGAUCCCAUGCAGCAACUGCAGAAUCAGCUCAAGCGCUUGCAGGACAUAGAAAGGAAGGCCAAAGUGGAUAUAAACUUUGGACCCUUGGUAUCAGCAGCCCUGGGCCUGGAGCCUGCGGUCCUGCACGAUGUCCGAACAGCCUGCAGCCUCCGGACCCAGUUCCUGCAGAGCCUCCUGAGUCCUCAGGCCCAGGGAGGCGGCGUUCCAAACCUGCAAGAUGACCACUUUGGAACUUCCUACCAGCAGUGGCUUAGCUCAAUGGAGAGCCUGCUGACAAACCACCCACCAGGCCACGUCCUCGCUGCCUUGCAGCAUCUGGCUGCAGAACGGGAGGCAGAGAUCCAGUCCCUGUGCAGUGCGGAUGGGCUCCAGGAUACGGAGAGAACCAGGUCCCAGGCACCAGACCAGUCAAACUCCAGCCAGACCCUGCCAUCCAUGGUGCAUCUCAUCCAGGAGGGCUGGCGGUCUGUGGGUGAGCUGGUCACCCAGCGGGACCCCCUCCUGAAGGAGCAUCAAGUCCUGACCCUGCGCCUCCAGGGCCUGAUGGAGAAGGUGGAUAGAUGUAUCCUGGGAUCCAGCGAGAGGCAGACUUUGGUGCUGGGGCUCCGGGUCUGUGCCCUCUGGGCGGAACUCAAGGCCCUUCAUGCCCUGAGCCAGGAGCUGGAGGAGGCCACUGGGCGUCGGCAGAUUCUGCUCCAGGAGCUACAGGCCAAACAGCAACGGAUCUUGCGCUGGCGCCAGCUAGUGGAGGAGACACAGGAGCAGAUCCGCCUACUCAUCAAAGGCAACUCAGCCAUCAAGACACGCCUGUGCAGGAGCCCCGGGGAGGUGCUAGCUUUGGUUCAGCGAAAAGUGGUCCCCAUGUCUGAGGCGGUGGCUCCACAGAGCCAGGAGCUGGUGCGGUGUCUGGAGCAGGAAGCCCAGCACCUGCCCCAUCUUCCUCUGGGCCCCUUGCUGCAGCACGGCCCCGGAGGAUUGCAGCCCCUCCCUACAGUCCUGCCAUCCAUCCACCAGCUGCAUCCUGCAUCCCCAAGGGGCUCCAGCCUCAUAGCGCUGAGCCACACACUGGGGCUGCCUGCAGGGAAGGCUCCGGAGCUGCUCUUCCCGAAGGCUGCCUCUCUUCGGCAGGACCUUCUCUUCCUCCAGGACCAACAAAGUCUCCGACGCUGGUAUCUGCUCCACAUGAAGAUCAGCCUGCCGCCAGGACCAUCCACCCAGGAGCUGCUGCAGAUCCAGGAAUCCCAGGAAAAGGAGCAGAAGGAGAGCCUAGGACAGGCUCUGAAGCGGCUGGAGAACCUGCUGAAACAAGCGCUGAAGCGAGUCCCCGAGCUCCAGGGAGUUGUGGGAGACUGGUGGGAGCAGCCAGGACAAGCCGCCCUCUCCAGGGACCUCUGCCAAGGCCUGUCAUUGGCCCAGUGGCAGCUGCGCUGGGUCCAGGCCCAAGGUGCCCUGCAGCAGUUGUGCAGAUGA